AAAACUUUGCAUUUGACAUAAAGCUCAGCUUUGGCAGUAGUAUUGUUUCUGUUGAUGAACUUUCCAGUUCAACUAAAAUUUCCAACACAGAACCAGCCAUAAAAUACGUACAGGACGGGGAUUGGACUCUUGCUUUCAAAGCCCAGAGUCUGACGGGGAUUUCACCCUAUGAAAUCUACAAAUCACAGGGCGUUCGACACGAAAUCAGGGGUGCAUUUCCCGAACAUUGCAUCGAGCUGGCUAAGGUACCAGGGUGUUUCACUCCAUACAGAACAGGUUUGAUCGACAGCUGGGAAAAACUGGACAUUCAACAGGUUCGAUUUUUGGUUAUUAUCAACAGUAAAGUUCAGAAAGAAAUAAUUUUUGACGGGAUAAACAGCACCAAUACCGACUGGUUUUCUAGUCGGCGGAUCCAAAGUUCAUCUUGGACGGAUCUAACACCAACUCAAACAUACAAUCUUUUCUCUCUUCAAGGAAUACAAGAUGGCAGAGUGAACAGACACUGGUCAAUUUCCCACAAUUUUGGGGGAUGUCCUAACGACAGAGCCUGGUUUACCACUUCAUUCUACCCUCCCACCGGAUGUGACUUUGAUAAACGAGAAUCAGCGAUGCCAAACUUCGUUGUCUGUCCCGGAACUACCAUGUGCAAUAUGCAAAGAGAUUCGAUCAAUGCGGACGCAUUUGCUAUCCAGAUUAAAGCUAAAAAUAAGUUGCUGAUGAUGUAGUUGGAAUGCAUCAAAGACGAGUUCUCUAAGACUUAUAAAGACUUACAUGUAUACAGUGAAAUAUAGUGAUAGAUGUUUAUAUACCUUAAACAAGAAUGAAUCACGUGAGAACAUUUUUAUACAAAAAUACAUGUAUAUGACAAAUAAAAUGGUUUAUAUUA